AUGGCGGACUGCUCGCGGUCGCUGUUCCUGUGCGACAACGGCAGCCCGAUGCGGUUCUACGUGCGGCCCGGGCGGGCCAAGCUGCGCCUGGCACCGCUCGUGCUGGCGGGCGGCGGGCGGCUCUGCCGCGUGCAGGAGCCGGGAGCCGUGCUCCUGGCGCAGCCCGGCGAGGCGGCGCCCGGCGGGGCCGUCUCCACCGACUACGUGACGGAGUGCGUGAGGCGCAACGAGCGGCUUCCGCUGGAGCCCUUCCGGCUGCCCGCCGCGCCGGCCGCCGCCGCCGCGCCGCGGGGCCGCUCGGCCUUCUCGGCGGCGGAGGACGCGGCGCUGGUGCGCGCCGUGCGCGAGCGCGGCGAGGAGCGGGCGCGCGGGCGCGCGCUGUGGCAGGAGCUGGAGCGCGCGGGGCUGAUGCGGCACAGCUGGCAGGCCAUGCGCGACCGCUACCUCAGGCACCUGCAGCGCGCGGGGCUCUUCGAGGCGGCGAACCGCGAGUUCGAGACCAUGGAGUCAAGAAAUGACGCCUCAGAAAUCUCAGGAGAACUUCCUACAAAAGAGAGAAUUUCCCCAGGAGAAACAGCAUCUGGUUUGAAAACUGUCCUGCAGGAGUCUGCUGGCCCUGACACCAGGUUACAGAUGGAAGAACAACCAACAAGCACUUGCUCUUCUUCCAGCACGGUGGCAGAUGCAGUAAAAACGAUGCAGUGCUUAAUGGAGAAAUCUAGCAUGGACCUGCUCACCGUCACACAGGCCUUUCUGAAAAACAGCGGUGAUGUGGAGGCUACUUUGCACUUCCUGCAGACGGGGCGACGCCGGGACGGGUACCCUGUGUGGAGCAGAGAGGAUGAUUUGGAAUUGCAAAAGGAUGAUGAGUCUGUCAGAAAUAAAUUGAUAGCAAAAUUUGGAGCUGAAAACAUAGCAAAGCGGAUAGCAUUUAGGAAGAGUUAGCUGGCAAAGCAGAGGGGAAUGGCUGAUGUAGGACUGUGCAGGAACUUAAAAAAAACCCUGGUCAUUUCAG